UCAAUUUCCAGUAAACAAAAGAGACGUGCGCCAACCCGGAAGUAAAAGCCAGAACCCGGCUACAGCACCUCGGAGCUGGAGUAGGGAGGAAGGAGGCCCAGGGAAAAUUGUAGCCAUGGCAGUUGCUGUGGCGCUGGCGGGAGCCGUAAUCGGGUCGGAACCAGGCCCCGCAGAAGAACUCGCCAAACUCGAAUAUCUGUCUUUGGUGUCAAAGGUUUGCACUGAGUUGGACAAUCACUUGGGGAUCAACGACAAGGAUCUGGCUGAAUUUGUGAUCAGUCUUGCUGAGAAAAAUACCACCUUUGAUACUUUCAAGGCUUCUCUGGUCAAAAAUGGUGCAGAAUUCACGGAUUCUCUUAUUAGUAACUUGCUGCGUCUCAUACAAACCAUGAGGCCUCCAACAAAGCCUUCUACAAGCAAAGAUCCAGUUGUUAAACCAAAAACUGAAAAAGAAAAGUUGAAGGAACUCUUCCCAGUCCUUUGCCAGCCAGAUAACCCUUCUGUUCGGACAAUGCUGGACGAGGAUGAUGUGAAAGUUGCUGUGGAUGUCCUGAAAGAACUGGAAGCUUUGAUGCCUAGUGCAGCAGGCCAGGAAAAGCAAAGAGACACUGAGCACCGGACAAAGAAGAAGAAGCAGAGUCGGAGCCGAGAUCGAGAUAGAGACAAAGACAGAGACAGAGAUCGAGAGCGAAACCGAGAUAGAGACCACAAGCGGAGGCACCGAUCCCGCUCUCGAUCACAUUCCAGGACCCGGGAAAGGAAUAAAGGGAAGUCUAGAUACAGAUCCAGGAGCAGAAGUCAGAGUCCCCCCAAAGACCGGAAGGACCGAGACAAAUAUAGCGAGAGGAAUCUAGACCGAUGGCGGGAUAAACACGUGGACCGGCCUCCCCCUGAAGAGCCUGCCAUUGGGGACAUUUACAAUGGCAAGGUUACCAGCAUCAUGCAGUUUGGUUGCUUUGUGCAGCUGGAAGGACUAAGGAAACGCUGGGAAGGCCUUGUGCAUAUCUCUGAGCUCAGGCGGGAAGGCCGUGUGGCCAAUGUGGCUGAUGUGGUGAGCAAAGGACAGAGAGUCAAAGUCAAAGUUCUGUCCUUCACUGGAACCAAGACCAGCCUGAGCAUGAAGGAUGUGGAUCAAGAGACUGGAGAAGAUUUAAACCCAAAUCGACGACGAAAUCUUGUUGGGGAGACCAAUGAGGAGACCUCGAUGCGGAAUCCAGACAGACCCACUCACCUCUCCCUUGUCAGUGCCCCUGAAGUAGAGGAUGACUCACUGGAACGCAAGCGCCUCACCCGCAUCUCUGAUCCAGAGAAGUGGGAGAUCAAACAGAUGAUUGCUGCCAAUGUCCUUUCCAAAGAAGAAUUUCCAGACUUUGAUGAAGAGACUGGCAUUCUCCCCAAGGUGGAUGAUGAAGAAGAUGAGGACCUGGAGAUCGAACUGGUUGAGGAAGAGCCUCCAUUCCUGAGAGGGCACACCAAGCAAAGCAUGGACAUGAGCCCCAUUAAAAUUGUUAAGAACCCAGAUGGCUCCCUCUCCCAAGCAGCGAUGAUGCAGAGUGCCUUGGCCAAAGAAAGACGGGAGCUCAAGCAGGCACAGCGGGAAGCUGAGAUGGAUUCUAUUCCCAUGGGACUCAACAAACACUGGGUCGAUCCUCUACCUGAUGCGGAAGGCAGGCAGAUUGCUGCCAAUAUGAGGGGUAUUGGGAUGAUGCCUAAUGACAUUCCUGAGUGGAAGAAGCAUGCCUUUGGGGGCAACAAAGCUUCUUAUGGGAAGAAGACCCAGAUGUCAAUCAUUGAGCAGAGGGAGAGCCUGCCCAUCUACAAGCUGAAGGAGCAGCUUGUCCAGGCUGUCCAUGACAAUCAGAUCUUGAUUGUUAUUGGAGAGACAGGAUCUGGCAAGACAACGCAGAUUACCCAGUACCUGGCAGAGGCUGGCUACACUUCCAGGGGCAAGAUUGGGUGUACCCAGCCCAGAAGAGUGGCAGCCAUGUCGGUGGCCAAAAGAGUAUCAGAGGAGUUUGGUUGUUGCUUAGGCCAAGAGGUGGGCUAUACCAUUCGAUUUGAAGACUGCACUAGCCCUGAAACGGUCAUCAAGUACAUGACAGACGGGAUGUUGCUCAGAGAGUGCCUGAUUGACCCUGACCUUACUCAGUAUGCCAUCAUCAUGUUAGACGAGGCGCAUGAGAGGACAAUUCACACUGAUGUGCUUUUUGGAUUAUUGAAAAAGACAGUUCAGAAACGGCAGGACAUGAAGCUGAUUGUCACUUCAGCCACCUUGGAUGCCGUGAAGUUUUCUCAGUACUUCUAUGAAGCUCCCAUCUUCACUAUCCCAGGUCGAACAUAUCCAGUGGAAAUACUGUACACAAAGGAACCCGAGACAGAUUAUCUGGAUGCCAGCCUGAUCACUGUCAUGCAGAUCCAUUUAACAGAGCCACCGGGUGAUAUUCUGGUCUUCUUGACUGGUCAGGAAGAGAUUGAUACAGCUUGUGAGAUCCUAUAUGAAAGAAUGAAAUCCCUGGGACCUGAUGUUCCCGAGUUAAUUAUUCUCCCAGUGUACUCUGCUCUUCCCAGUGAGAUGCAGACCCGAAUCUUUGACCCAGCACCACCAGGCAGCAGAAAGGUUGUGAUUGCCACCAACAUUGCAGAGACAUCACUGACGAUAGAUGGCAUCUACUAUGUUGUGGACCCUGGAUUUGUGAAGCAGAAAGUUUAUAAUUCAAAGACAGGCAUUGACCAGCUCGUGGUGACACCUAUUUCUCAGGCUCAGGCAAAGCAACGAGCUGGCAGAGCUGGGAGAACAGGCCCAGGGAAGUGUUACAGGCUGUACACGGAACGUGCCUACCGAGACGAAAUGCUGACCACCAACGUGCCGGAAAUCCAGAGAACUAACUUAGCCAGCACAGUGCUUUCACUCAAGGCCAUGGGCAUCAAUGACCUGCUGUCCUUUGAUUUCAUGGAUGCACCCCCAAUGGAAACUUUGAUCACAGCCAUGGAGCAGCUAUACACACUGGGGGCCCUGGAUGAUGAGGGCCUGCUCACUCGCCUGGGGCGCAGGAUGGCAGAGUUCCCUCUGGAGCCAAUGCUGUGUAAAAUGCUGAUCAUGUCUGUGCAUUUGGGUUGCAGUGAGGAAAUGCUGACCAUUGUAUCCAUGCUAUCCGUGCAGAACGUCUUCUACAGACCCAAGGAUAAACAAGCCCUUGCUGAUCAGAAGAAGGCCAAGUUUCACCAGACUGAAGGGGACCACCUCACCCUGCUGGCUGUGUACAACUCCUGGAAGAACAACAAGUUCUCUAACCCGUGGUGCUAUGAGAACUUUAUCCAGGCUCGUUCCCUGCGCCGGGCCCAGGACAUUCGCAAGCAGAUGUUAGGUAUAAUGGACAGACACAAGCUGGAUGUCGUUUCCUGUGGUAAGUCCACAGUCCGAGUGCAGAAGGCCAUCUGCAGUGGGUUCUUCCGCAACGCUGCCAAGAAGGACCCACAGGAGGGUUACCGGACACUGAUUGACCAGCAGGUGGUCUACAUCCACCCUUCCAGUGCUCUCUUCAACAGACAGCCAGAAUGGGUGGUAUAUCAUGAGCUGGUGCUGACCACAAAGGAAUACAUGCGUGAGGUCACCACUAUCGAUCCCCGAUGGCUUGUGGAGUUUGCCCCAGCCUUCUUCAAGGUCUCUGACCCAACCAAGCUCAGCAAGCAGAAGAAGCAGCAACGUCUUGAACCCUUGUACAAUCGCUACGAAGAGCCCAACGCCUGGAGAAUAUCCAGGGCUUUCCGUCGGCGCUGAAAGGCAAGCUUGUCUGUUUGCCUCCCUGGCAGCAGCAGCCUAGGGCUUGGACUUAACUUUUAUCGAUGAAAAGCUGGUCCUGUGGAUGCAGCUGUCCUGUGACUGAAUAUCUCAGCCGGGCAUUUUCUAAACUUGACUAAUUUCUUCCCUGAUUGUAAAAUUGGCACAGGAAUUUAAGCCUGGCUUUGGCCAGAGACUCCAGCCCCCACCACCCCAAGUCUUGGGACCAGUUGGAAUCUCAUAACCAACGUGGGGACACAUUGCAUCAUCUUCAACAAAGGGGCAACUUGUGUAGCCCUGGGAUGGGAAGGGGAGUGUGAGCAUCUGGCACAGGAAUGCACUGAGGACACUGGUGCUUUCUGGAGGAGGGAGGCUCUGUGCUUAUCUCAAGUGUUGAUCCUGGUUCCUGCCCCUUCUCUUGUCCCUGUACUUCAGCUAACUUCUUGGAAAUAUUUAUUUUCAUAAGGAAACAAAAAAGAUGGUUUUCUGUGACUGUUUCUUUUGAUGAAAGGUUAGGAUAUUGGCCUGGGCUCAGGGAUAAGGAGAUUUAGUGUCUGUGGCUCUGGUGCAUGUGAUGGAGAAACCAGAGCUGGGGGCCUCUUUGUGCUUGGACAUGAUGUACUGCCUAGACACCCAGUUUUGUCUUUCAGCAUCAGAGCUAGCCCAGUGCUGCUAGAGGAUGACCCCGUGACUGACCAUAUCCACUCCACAGAGUGCUUCAGCCUGGGUGCCUGAGUGCUUACAGAUGCUACAUACUGAAUACAGAGGCUCACCCCUUGCUGCUUCCCACCACACACACAGCAUGCCGUGUGUCCCAUUUCCUUUUGAAACAUGCUAAGUAAUGACUUCUA